AUGACCGUCAACAGCAGCGGGUGCGGCCACCACUUCGCCAGCAUAUCCGGCCACGGCGCAGCCACGUUCGAUCCUUCCCUACAGCCUAACAAGUACAUGGACAUGGUCCAGGUGGACGCCUGCAAUGGCCUCCUCCUCUACUGUGGCUGCAACGAGAAGUUAUCCCCUUUCAAUUGGGCAGAGGAUGAUUUCCGUUUUGUCGUGUGCAAUCCUCUCACUGGGAGGUGGGUGGAGCUGCCUCCUACGCUGCAGGCGCCAGAAAAUAACAGAUAUAGUUGUACCGCAGGCCUGGCUUUUGAUCCGGCGGACUCAUCCCAUUUCAAUGUUCUUCACUUCGAGCAGGCCUUUCGCGAAGCUUUCGUCACAGGAGUGAACAUCUACUCGUCGCGGGCAAGAGCCUGGACUCACAGGGAUAGUGGGAUGCUUGAGAAAGUGGCGCCGUUCUUCCGUGGUAAAUGUGUCUUUGUUGGCCGUAUGAUGUAUGUGCUUCGCAGCCUGAUGGACAUGAACAACGAGUACGUGCUCAUGGGGGUGGACAUGGAGGGGAAUGUGUGGAAGACUAUCCGUGUGCCGUAUGGCCAAAGAUUUGCUACGAUUGGAGUGUCACAGGGGUGCUUACACUAUGCUGCAGCUUCUGUGGUUGAUAACAAUAAUAGGACGGUUUCCCAGAUAGCGCUCUGGUGCCUCAAGGAUCGUGACAGCACAGAAUUAUUCCUGAAGCAUACCGCCAACAUCAAUAAACUUAUGAGCAUGACUGGAAAGAAGUACAUGGUGGAUGCGAUUCAUCCAGAUUGCGACACAAUUUUUUUGAUUUCAUAUGGAGGUGACACCUUAGCGGCGUAUGAUAUGCGACAUCAGAAAGUUGGUUGUAUCCUUAAUCUUGAGAAAAGCAAUACAUGCCGAUUUCUACCCUAUGUUCCUUUGUUCUCAGAGUCGUUAGCAGAUGCAGAUGAGCAGUAG